ACUGAAAUCAGUUUAAUAUUUUAGUAUCUCGUAGUAUUGUGUUUCCUUUCAGAGGAAAGCAGAAUCGAGAAACCUGUGUGAAACUUAUAAGAUGAAACUCUCGUAGAUAAUUGAAAACAAAUAUGGCUAGAUCGGGAAAAACUGCGCAAGAAUUUAUUCAAAGCUCCUUUUCGCCUAUCAUUGCAGUACUAUGCAGUCCAAAAGUAGAACAUGUUAUUUCAAAAAACAAUUUAUCUUUUACGGAGCUGUUACAGCCGUUCACAAGUAUGGACUGGGAAGGUCAGAUUCGGGAGCCUGGUGGAAGUGUAUGUAUUGUUAAAAACUGGAAACUGAUAAUAAGGGAUGUUCAUUGGAAACCCCUGCCACCCACUGAAGCAAGGAAACAAUUGAACAAUGCAGUCUUGCACAACUACACUGAGAACACCGUUUUGCUAGAGCUAGAUGGCAGAAAAUUUGAUGUUCCUCAAUCAACACCUUGGUUUGAUGCUUGGAGAGAGACUUAUCUUGAGGUGCAGUUCCCGUCUGACCAUGAGUACACCAACCACUUCCUCUCUUGCAUCAUUGUGGGCACAACCCUCGAUGAUAAUAUCAUUGACACAUUCAACACCUUAAAUCAGCAGUAUGCACAGCUGCAAAACAUUACACCACCGAAAUUGCCAAAGUGGUUCAACAAUGGUGUACUGAAGUCAUAUCUUUUGUUACAUGAUGUUUCUGCUGUAAGCAAAGACAAGGCUGAUGCUGCAUUUGAGACCUUGAAACAAACCUUUGGCUCCAGCAACUGUUUUAUGCUGUCAAUUAACUCUAAAAGCACCUCAGAUCCAAGUUUGCCAACAGAUUACUGGGCUCAGUAUAUAAAACGAUCUAAUGAUUCAACUAGUGAAAUAUUAUCAUCAGUAUCAAACCUGCCAACAACACCCCCAGAUCCUCAGCCUUUUCCUGUUGGAGCUGGCACAUCAGAUGAUGGUACUGUACCCAAUCAAAAUGUUCCACCAGAAGGUUUACAUCCACUGACUACUUCUGAGAGUGAUGUUUAUGAUAACGCUAACAGCUUACAGACUCACUCAUUCUCAGGCAGCUCAGAGAGUAUGAAUGUCAGUGUAAAACCACUAGAUUACUCCACUGAAGUCCAUGGACUUGCUCUCAAUGGCAAUGAUAUUGAUUCCAUCAAGAAAUUUCUUCAAGAGUAUGCUGGCAAAGCACUGCUUCCAUAUUUAGAAAAACAAAUAUCGCAGCUAUCUGAAUUGGUUGCAAAUAGAAAAGGUGUUAGUAGAUCACUACUGUCUGCAACCAAAAGAUGGUUUGGUACAGGAAAGGGUGGGAAUACAACUGGCAACAAUACUGUAAUCUAUUCCAGCGAUUGCCCGGAGCUCCAAUUACGUCGUCUAGGCGACCUCUGGUUCCUAUUAGGGCAAUGGCAGCGCGCCUUCGACACGUACCACACGGCCAAGCGCGAGUUCUACGCCGACAGCGCGUGGCUGUGCUACGCCGGGGCCUUGGAGAUGGCCGCGGUCAGUGCGUUCAUGGCGGGAGACGCUAAUAAGAAAACGCAUGGCUAUAUGGAGGAGAGUAUCGUGACUUAUUUGAAUACCUGCAGGAUGGUGCAGUACGCGGUGCGAGCUACACUGCUAUCGGUCCUCUGCCUCGGCAGCGCCGGCCUGCACGGCGAGGCCGCUAAACAGCUGAUCCGCAUGACGUCAGAGGACAGCGACCUCCGCAGCGCCAUGCUACUCGAACAAGCAUCGCUUUGCUUCCUCUCUGGACCCGGGUCGAAGGCUAUGUGUAGGAAAUACGCCUUCCACAUGGUGCUGGCUGGACACAGGUUUUCCAAGGCGGGGCAGAAGAAACACGCGUACAGGUGCUACAACCAGGCCUAUCAGGUGUACCGCGACAGCGGCUGGCGGCUCUCAACGGACCACGUGCAGUUCGCGCUGGGCCGGCUGGCGGGCGCGCUGCGGCUCACGCGCGACGCGGUGCGCUGGCUCGGCGCGCCGCUGGCCCCCGCCGCGCGGCACCAGCCCGCCGCGCAGCAGGACGCCUUCCUGCGCGAGUACAUGCUGCAGCACCAGCAAUGGGUAGACAGCGAGGAGGAGUUCAAGGAGCACCUGCCAGUGGUCCCGCUGCCGCUGCUGGAGAGCGAGGCCACGAUGGUGCUGUGCGUGGGCCCCGCGCCGCUGUCCUCGCCCGGCCGCGUGCCCGCCACCUCGCUCGCCGCGCACCACACGCCGGACCGCCAGGUGAGGGCUACG